CCACAAUCUGGGAGCCAGUUCAUUCUGUCGCGAUAACUUCAUCCACACCAAACAAAACAUUACUCGGGUGUGUUGAUUGCACUCAUAGCAUCUAGUUGUUAAGAAAAGUAUUCAUAUUGUUUUGUGUAUCGUAGGCUACUAGAAAAAUGCAUUCCGGGACAUUGGAAAGAGUUGGGUCACCGAGGAAAAGGACGCUUUCUCGGGGAGUGAGCGAUGAUGAGUCACUUCGCAACAUUAUCAAGGAGGUGAGCGUCGAGAAAUCACGUCGUCGUCAUUUAAUGCGAUAUUUACAUGAGGCAUACAUUCUAUUUUCUCUAUCUAUUUUUAUUGAGUCUAAUUUGACAUUAUAGCCUAUUCAACUAAAAUUGAAGCUUAGCGAAUUGAAGCUUAGCAUUAGCAACAUUACUAGUGGUUACAGUCGAGAAGAUUCAUCCUCUUACAGUAAGCCACCGCCUGUGUUUAUAUUUUUAGGCGUUCGUUUACUUUGUGGUUUUUAACCCUAUGUGUAGCCUACUACUCAUUUUCAUUUCGACUCUCAUCCCAGUGUUACUGUAGCAUGCGGUGUUACAUUGAAAACGGUUAUAUGCACACAUAAUGUGACUAUUGUUGAUAGUCAGAUUAAUAUAAUAGUUCGAUUAAAACGUUUAUAAACGUUAAAUAUAAAUAUGCUUUGCAAGAAGAACGAUUUCCCUCAUAAUCCUGUUUAGUCUACAUGGACACAUCUGAAAUCAGGCUACCUUAUGGCACAUUGAUGAAUGCAGACGAGGUCGGUUCCCCGGGGCUCCAAAUGCGGUAGACCGGCCCUGAUUGUAACCAAACUAUGUACAUCCUUGUUUUAUGUUUAGCUAGCUACUUAAAAUGGCUUCUUCUCCUAAUCUCUGUUUAGUGUCUAUCCCAUUAGGGCACAAGUGUAAAAAAACAAGUAUGGCUACUUCCUUACAGUGUGCAUAGAAUAGGGAUGACACAUUACAUGACUAAUGUAGUUAGAAUUCAGUCAUCAGUGGUUCAUUAUACGUUUAUUUAAUUAUGUUCUUAUUGGUAGAGUACAGUAGACCUACAGUCCAUAAGAACUGGACCUAGAGGUUUGCCUAAAAUCCAUGUUUCUAUCCAUAUGCUCUAUGAAUGUAAAUUAUGUGUUGACAUGUAGCCUAGGCUAUUAAACAGUAGCAAUAGCCCACUCAUUUGAUUGAGCUUAAUUAAUGAAUCCAUCUGUAAAAGAAUCCUUCGGCAUCAUUAUCUAGCCUUACCCCUAAAUACAUGUAAGUUAUGUGAUAACAUGUAGGCUAAUAUUCAAUAGCAGGCCACUCAUUAGAUUGAGCAUCACAGAAGAACCUCAUACCUAUCUGUAAAGUAAGCAUCCGGCAUCAUAUAGCCUUUCUCCUAAAUGCAAGGCAUUGAGUUUCACAGAUGGCCUGCUCUUCACUUUGUUUAAAAGGCUUGGAGAUGGUAUAGAUUUUAUUGAUGGACCUGCUAAACCAUCUUAACAUGUUGACAUAUACCAGCUGACUAUUGGAUGUGGGAACAAUGUAAAAAGGUGCAAACAGUUAUUCCCACAUGCUUUUGUUAACAUUAUAGUGGUGAGGAGGAGUCUACCGUGUUCGGAAGCAAUUUCACCAUUAAUUUUCUGUAUUCAGGGUUCACUCAAACAUCUUUUAAAGCUUUGUUUUACUAUUGACAGUUACAGCUUAUUUCGGGAUUGUAUAUCGAUUCACUCUCCUUAAAUAUGAGUCAUCUGAUUCAUUCGUUUCAGUCUCCAGCUCCUGAUAUCAGUGCAUAAUGUCUCCUAAAUUAGCCUAGUGCGCCCAGCUGUGCACAUGCGCACUAGACCCGAGCUCGUUUUCCCUGGCUAAACAAGCUGGCUAGCUGAACUAUGCUAGUUUUCGUCCUUAUUGCCAAACUUCAUAAAUACUGCACUCUCAACGUAUAAACUCCUUUGCUAGUUAUACAAUCAUGUUACUAAGAAAUUCGCAUGAAAUAAACGUGAAAAUGAUUUAUCGUUUUAUUUUGUUGAAUAGUCAUGACUGGUUCGAGAUAUCUGUCUUAAGACGACGGUGGCGAAGGAUAUCAUUGCUCCUUGACACAUAUCCAAGUUCAGUUUUGAGAUCCACCAGCAUCAUUGGCAUACGGUUAGCUAGACGUUUCUGACUGGUCUUGGAACUGUGACAACAGGCAGCCUCUCCCUGCUUGGCUCGAUGGGAUAUGUAGUGAUUUUGCCAACACAGCUAGAUAUGUACACAGUCUUCUGCCCUUAACCUUUUUUAAACUGACUAUCGUAUUUGUUGAUUAAAUCAGACUUUAUUAGUAUAAUGAGUAAAGCAGGAAUGUCACAAUUUAAUUGACGCGAGAAAAUAGCAACUCUACAGAGCGCCAAUGGCUACAAUGAUUGGCUAAAUUACUUCCUGACACGAAGGGUUGGCAGAGCUUCUCUUCACCACUAUUAUGGCUCUGUCUGAGAUGUCUUUUUGUUCCUUUGUCAGACGGAGAGUUCGGCUAGGCGUCUGACGCACAGUGACAGCAGAGGGGGGACCCUCAAGAGGAGCAGUGGGAGUCAGGUAUAAUAGGUGCAAUGAAUGAAGGGCAAUUCCAUGCUAACAGAAUGAUGCAGACUCAAGUUUUCACAUUUAAAUGUAUGCCAAACAAAACGAUUGAUUGCGAAGUUAAACAAACCAUACAAUUCUAUACCCAAAGACUACACUGAACAAAAAUAUAAAGUGUUGGUCCCAUGUUUCAUGAGCUGAAAUAAAAGAUCCCAGAAAUGUUCCAUGUGCACAAAAAGCUUAUUUCUCUUAAAUUUUGCGCACACAUUUGUUUACAUCCCUGUUAGUGAGCAUUUCUCCUUUGCCAAGAUAAUCCAUCCACCAGACAGGUGUGGCAUAUCAAGAAGCUGAUUAAACAGCAUGAUCAUUACACAGGUGCACCUUGUGCUGGGGACAAUAAAAGGCCACACUAAAAUAUGCAGUUUUGUCACACAACACAGUGCCACAGAUGUCUCAAGUUUUGAGGGAGCAUGCAAUUGGCAUAUUGACUGCAGUAAUGUCCAUCAAAGUUGUUGCCUUAUAAUUGAAUGUUCAGUUCUCAACCAUAAGCCGCUUCCGAUGUUUUAGAGAAUUUGUCAGUACGUCCAAUCGGCCUCACAACCGCCGACCACAUGUAUAGCGUUGUGUGGGCGAGUGCCCCUUGGUGGCGCUGGGGUUAUGGUAUGGGCAGGCAUAAGCUACCGACAACAAACACAAUUGCAUUUUAUUGAUGGCAAUUUGAAUGUACAGAGAUACCAUGACGAGAUCCUGAGGUCCAUUGUCAUGCCAUUCAUCCGCCACCAUCACCUCAUGUUUCAGCAUGGUAAUGCACAGCCCCAUGUAGCAAGGAUAUGUACACAAUUCCUGAAAGUUGAAAAUGUCCCAGUCCUUCCAUGACCUGCAUACUCACCAGCCAUGUCACCCAUUGAACAUGUUUGGGAUGCUCUGGAUCAACGUGUACGACAGCGUGUACCAGUUCCCGCCAAUAUUCGGCAACUUCGCACAGCCCUUGAAGAGGGGUGGGACAACAUUCCACAGACCACAAUCAACAGUCUCUAUGUGAAGGAGAUGUGUCGCGCUGCUUGAGGCAAAUGGUGGUCACACCAGAUACUGACUGGUUUUCUGAUCCACGCCCCUACCUUUUUUUAAGGUAUCUGUGACCAACAGAUGCAUAUCUGCAUUCCCAGUCAUGUGAAAUCCAUAGAUUAGGGCCCAAUGAAUUUAUUUCAGUUGACUGAUUUCCUUAUAUGAACUAUAACUCAGUAAAACAUUUGAAAUUGUUGCAUGUUGUGUUUAUAUUUUUGGUCAGUAUACUUUCAAAAAUGUCCACAGAUUUUUUUUACUAAAACACAUAUACUUGAAGAACAGUGCAGAAGUUUUGUUACAGAAUGACGGUCAAAGCUCCCUCGGUUUUUCAAAACAGAAUGACAUCACAGUCCCUGAUCUGUACUAUACAGAAUUGCAUAAUUAUGGAUAUGUGAUGUAUUCAUUGUGAUGUAUCCUGAAUAGGUAAACAAAGGUAGAAAAAUGCAAUAUCCUCCUUUGUAUGUUUGGGUAUUAUUCAAACAAGACCAAAUUUGGUUGGUACGGACAAGACGAAAUCUGAACCAAUCAUAGAUCAUGUUUUAUAAGUUUUGAAAUCACAGUAGAGCACAGUACAGCACCGCACAGUAGAGUAGAGUUCAGUACAGUACAAUACAGUAAAUUAUACUAUAUUCUACUCUAGCGUACUGUACUAAACUCUGCUUUUCUUUACUGUACUAAACUUUACUGUGCAGUACUGUACUGACCUCUACUUUUCUGUCCAAUCUGGUGAUACAUAGACGUAUAUGAUUGGUUCCGAUUUGGACUGACCAAAUUUCAACUACUUCUCAACGUCCAUGGACUGGUGUCGGUCGGUAUUCAGUGGGUGAAGUCGCUGGUUACAGUAAAUGGAAAGAGAGGGGCCUCAUGGGUAGGUGUCAGUAAGAGCCCAGGAGAGGUGACAUUAACAGGAGAGCAGUGGUGCCUGGAGAAGUGGGUAUACUCUUUUUAUUAUUUCUUUCAAAAGGCCUGCCUGGCAAAGGAAAGGUGCCCUGUGUGAAAUUCUAUACUGAAGAAAAAUAUAAACGCAACAUGCAACAAUUUCAAAGAUUUUACUGAGUUACAGUUCAUAUAAGGAAAUCAGUCAAUUUAAAUAAAUAAAUUAGGCCCUAAUCUAUGGAUUUCACAUGGAUAUGCAUCUGUUAGUCACAGAUACCUUAAAAAAAAGGAAUGGAUCAGAAAACCAGUCAGUAUCUGGCGUGACCACCAUUUGCCUCAAGCAGCGCAACACAUCUCCUUAGCAUAUAGUUGAACAGGCUGUUGAUUGUGUCCUGUGGAAUGUUGUCCCACUUCUCUUCAAUGGCUGUGCGAAGUUGCUGGAAAUUGGUGGGAACUCGAACAUGCAGUCAUACACAUCGAUCCAGAGCAUCCCAAACAAAUUACAUCAAUAAGGGAUCAUAGCUUUCACCUGGAUUCACCUGGUCAGUCUGUCAUGGAAAUACCUUUCAUUUGACACCUAAUUUGAUGUGCUCCUAUGAACUUCACAUGUUGGUGCUCAUGGAUCCUUUUACAUGGAAAUGGCCUGAAGCUACUGGCAUACAGUGAGGGAAAAAAGUAUUUGAUCCCCUGCUGAUUUUGUACGUUUGCCCACUGACAAAGAAAUGAUCAGUCUAUAAUUUGAAUGGUAGGUUUAUUUGAACAGUGAGAGACAGAAUAACAACAACAAAAUCCAGAAAAACGCAUGUCAAAAAUGUUGUAAAUUGAUUUGCAUUUUAAUGAGGGAAAUAAGUAUUUGACCCCCUCUCAAUCAGAAAGAUUUCUGGCUCCCAGGUGUCUUUUAUACAGGUAACGAGCUGAGAUUAGGAGCACACUCUUAAAGGGAGUGCUCCUAAUCUCAGCAUGUUACCUGUAUAAAAGAUACCUGUCCACAGAAGCAAUCAAUCAAUCAGAUUCCAAACUCUCCACCAUGGCCAAGACCAAAGAGCUCUCCAAGGAUGUCAGGGACAAGAUUGUAGACCUACACAAGGCUGGAAUGGGCUACAAGACCAUCGCCAAGCAGCUUGGUGAGAAGGUGACAACAGUUGGUGCGAUUAUUCGCAAAUGGAAGAAACACAAAAUAACUGUCAAUCUCCCUCGGCCUGGGGCUCCAUGCAAGAUCUCACUCGUGGAGUUGCAAUGAUCAUGAGAACGGUGAGGAAUCAGCCCAGAACUACACGGGAGGAUCUUGUCAAUGAUCUCAAGGCAGCUGGGACCAUAGUCACCAAGAAAACAAUUGGUAACACACUACGCCGUGAAGGACUGAAAUCCUGCAGCGCCCGCAAGGUCCCCCUGCUCAAGAAAGCACAUAUACAGGGCCGUCUGAAGUUUGCCAAUGAACAUCUGAAUGAUUCAGAGGAGAACUGGGUGAAAGUGUUGUGGUCAGAUGAGACCCAAAUCGAGCUCUUUGGCAUCAACUCAACUCCUUCCCUCAGCCAGGACAUUGAAAAUGGGUCGUGGAUGGCUACUCCAGCAAGACAAUGACCCAAAACACACGGCCAAGGUAACAAAGGAGUGGCUCAAGAAGACGCACAUUAAGGUCCUGGAGUGGCCUAGCCAGUCUCCAGACCUUAAUCCCAUAGAAAAUCUGAGGAGGGAGCUGAAGGUUUGAGUUGCCAAACGUCAGCCUCGAAACCUUAAAGACUUGGAGAAGAUCUGCAAAGAGGAGUGGGACAAAAUCCCUCCUGAGAUGUGUGCAAACCUGGUGGCCAACUACAAGAAACGUCUGACCUCUGUGAUUGCCAACAAGGGUUUUGCCACCAAGUACUAAGUAAUGUUUUGCAGAGGGGUCAAAUACUUAUUUCCCUCAUUAAAAUGCAAAUCAAUUUAUAAAAUUUUUGACAUGCGUUUUUCUGGAUUUUUUUGUUGUUAUUCUGUCUCUCACUGUUCAAAUAAACCUACCAUUAAAAUUAUAGACUGAUCAUGUCUUUGUCAGUGGGAAAACGUACAAAAUCAUCAGGGGAUCAAAUACUUUUUUCCCUCACUGUAUUUAGUUUGCGGCCCAAAAGUAGUGCACUAUAUAGGGAAUAGGGUGCCAUUUGGGACGUAUACCUACUGUAGUAAACAUGAUUACUUCUGAUUCUAUCACUGUUAUUGAACAUACUGAGAGUAUGUUCAAACUUCUCAUAUAUUACUUGUUGAUGAGUGUUGUUGACCUUUUAUCUUGGUCUUGGUCAUUUCAGCAGUCUGAGGAAGAUCAGGAACUGAUGAUGGAACUCCCUGAGAUGGUGAUUAUCUGCACAAGCUGUUUUAAUGAUGAUGUUUUGCAGGAUAACUUUUCUCAUAUUUUAGCAGUAUAACCAGUUGUACUGGAUGUCAAAUUAGACAUUCUACAUAUUCAAAGGGUGCGCACUCUUUAUGAAGCUCACACCAAAUUACCCAGAAAUAUAUUAUAAAAAAAAUGAUGUGUUGUAAUGCCAGUAACUCUCUGCCAUAUAAAGAAGAAGACAAAAACCCUUGUAUGACGCAGAUAAAUACGACCAUAGACCAGAAAUAGCUAUCAAAACAAUGACAUAAUUAUCUAACAGCUGAAGAACAAAUCACAUUAAUUAAACCACCGCUGUUGCUAGUGUGACUAGAUGAAGCUGCACACUGUCAUGCCUAAUGUAUAUUGUUUGUCUGAGAUCCAAUGGCACCCUAUUCACUUUUGUCAAAAGUAGUACCCUAUAAAGGGAAUAGGAUGCCGUUUGGGACAAAUCAUUUCUAUCAUGGCCAGAUGAAGCUACCCAAUGAUAUGCCUGUGUAUACAUCGCUCAAGCUGCCCACUGAUAUGACUAAUGAAUACAUCACUCAUGCAGAUUGACCUGCAGGCGAGCUACGACGAUGUGUUGCAGGAGCUGCGUGGGCUGGAGCUGCAGCGGGAGACUCUGUUGUUCCAGGUGGACGUUCUGCAGGACGCCCUGGAGGGGGCCGAGGAGAUGCUAGCCGAGGCCCAGAGAGAGGCCAGCCACGCCACCAUGGUACACCUAGUCAUACACACUAAAUGCGUCCCUAAAGGCACCCAUGUCCCUAUAUAGUUUACUACUUUUGACCAGCGCCCAUAGUGGGAGUGCACUAUUUACAUUUACGUCAUUUAGCAGACGCUCUUAUCCAGAGCGACUUACAAAUUGGUGCAUUCAACUUAUGAUAGUCAGUGGGACAACCACUUUUUUUUUUUUUUUUUUAUGUGGGGGUGGGGGGGUAGAAGGAUUACUUUUAUACUACUUUUAUACUAUUCCAGGUAUUCCACUAUAUAGGGAAUAGGGUGCCAUUUGGGACGCACUCACUCCUUUCUAGCCAUGAAUCAUCUAAAGCCACAUACUGAGAGGCUUAAGGUGGGGUCAUCGCUCUAAAAAUAGCUGAUAGACAAAUUUAUUGAGGAAUGUUUUUCCUUGCAAAAACUGUGGUUGUCUUACCUACCUUUAGUGGAAUGCACUGUCUGUAAGUUUCUCUGGAUAAAUUACUAAAAUGGAAUGUACAUGUAAUAUACAGUGCAUUCGGAAAGUAUUCAGACCCCUUGACUUUUUCCAAAUAAGAAAACUGAAAUAUCACAUUAACAUAAGUAUUCAGACCCUUUACUCAGUACUUUGUUGAAGCACCUUUGGCAGCGAUUACAGCCUUGAGUCUUCUUGGGUAUGAUGCUACAAGCUUGGCACACCUGCGUUUGGGGAGUUUCUCCCAUUCUUCUCUGCAGAUCCUGUCAAGCUCUGUCAGGUUGGAUGGGGAGCGUCGCUGCACAGAUAUUUUCAGGUCUCUCCAGAGAUGUUCGAUCGAGUUCGGGCUCUGGCUGGGCCCCUCAAGGACAUUCAGAGACUUGUCCCGAAGCCACUCCUGCAUUGUCUUGGCUGUGUGCUUAGGGUCAUUGUCCUGUUGGAAGGUGAACCUUGCCCCAGUCUGAGGUCCUGAGCGCUCUGGAGUAGGUUUUCAUCAAAGAUCUCUCUGUACUUAAUCUUUCCCUCGAUCCUGACUAGUCUCCCAGUCCCUGCCGCUGAAAAACAUCCCCACAGCAUGAUGCUGCCGCCACCAUGCUUCACUGUAGAGUUGGUGCCAGUUUCCCUCCAGACGUGAUGCUUGGCAUUCAGGCCAAAGAGUUCAAUCUUGGUUUCAUCAGACAAGAGAAUGUUGUUUCUCAUGGUCUGAGAGUCCUUUAGGUGCCUUUUGGCAUGGGCCUUUUACUAAGGAGUGGCUUCCGUCUGGCCACUCUACCAUAAAGGCCUGAUUGGUGGAGUGCUGCAGAGAUGGUUGUCCUUCUGGAAGGUUCUCCCAUCUCCACAGAGGAACUCUGGAGCUCUGUCAGAGUGACCAUCAGGUUCUUGGUCACCUCCCUGACCAAGGCCCUUCUCCCCCGAUUGCGCAGUUUGGCCAUGCGGCCAGCUCUAGGAAGAGUCUUGGUUGCUCCAAACUUCUUCCAUUUAAGAAUGAUGGAGGCCACUGUUCUUGGGGACCUUCAAUGCUGCAGAACUUUUUUGGUACCCUUCACCAGAUCUGUGCCACGACACAAUCCUGUCUUGGAGCUCUACGGACAAUUCCUUCGACCACAUGGCUUGGUUUUUGCUCUGACAUGCACUGUCAACUGCCUUUCCAAAUCAUGUCCAAUCAAUUGAUUUUCCACAGGUGUACUCCAAUCAAGUUGUACAAACAUCUCAAGGAUGAUCAAUAGAAACAGGAUGCACCUGAGCUCAAUUUCGAGUCUCAUAGCAAAGGGUCUGAAUACUUAUGUAAAUAAGGUAUUUCUGUUUUUUAUUUUCAAUAAAUUUGCAAAGAAAACUGUUUUGGCUUUGUCUUUUAUUGGGUAUUGUGUGUAGAUUGAUGAGGAACAUUUUUAAUUUAAUCCAUUUUAGGACGUAAAAAAAUGUGGAAAAAGCCAAGGGGUCUGAAUACUUUCCAAAUGCACUGUAUAUGUAAAAAGGUCCUAGAGGAGCAACACAAUGCUCCAGUAGGAAUGUCCAAUUUCCUGUGGCCCAACUGUGGGUCCCAACCCACCGUUUUAAGAACCACUGCUCUAAAAUAUUUCACUACCCUCCGCUGCAUUGAUCUAAUGGGUCGUAUAUGGACUGAUGCUGCUAACCUGUCUCUCUGCAUUUGUAGGAGUUGGAGCGAGAGAGAGAGGCCAAGAGGAAGUUGGAGGACAUUGUCAGCUCUCUGAUGCAGGAGGUGGAGAGGCUAAAAGAGGUAAUGGGGGAUGAGGAGGAUGGGCUUACAUAAUCAUAGAGAGAGAGGCACAAGUACAGCAGGCUUCCUGUUUUUUGGCAUAAAGAGUGACAAAUGGCUUGUUGCUGCAUGCCAGCUCUUGUUAGUUGCGUAACUCUUUCGUUUGUCAGGGGAGUGUUCUCUUGUUCUUUCGGCUCAACUGUGCUUUGCUGAACUUGACAGAAUGAAGUGUUUCAGCUGCUGGGAGAUUCCAGCCUGUGGGACAACCUCCCACCAUACCUGUUAUUCUCACUGUGUGUGUGUGUGUGUGUGCGCGCAUUACCAUUCCUAAAGUAGGGCAAUUUUAAAUGAUUGACAGAUAUUUGUUCUGUCCCAAAGCCUAUAGAAUGGAAUAUGUUUGAUAAAGUUGUUAUGCAUGCUACAUGUUGACUAAAGUCCUGUGGAGUACAUUUUGUGCUCUAAUCUAAAGAGAGCAGCACACAGCACAAUAGAAGAUGUACACAUUUUUCUCAGGGUUCAACCCGCAUCCCUAUCACAGUCCAUUUAUCUGGUUAUCUGCUACUGAGGCUUGAGGCAGAUUAGAAGGGAGUCACCUGUUUGCAAUUUAAAGCCAUAAGAAGAGCUAAACAAUAUAUCCUAGCUGCCUCUAUAUUCUCCUCACUUUAAGAAACCUCAGAUUUUCAAACUAAUACAUUUUUGCAUUGACUCAAGAGACCUUGGUCGUAAUAAUUUGGUAAUCUGAUCAUCAGCAUGGUCUUGUGGUUGGGUAAGUCCAGUGUGGCCCAAGGCUGUGUGUGUCCCAUCAAAUGGCCUUGGCCUUGUACCCAGUGCAUGCUCUGCUCUGCAGUAGGAUGGCCUGUCCCCUGUCCACUUGCUGACAGACAUGCAGAUGCUGCCUGUUUCCUAUUGCAAUCGGGAAACGGAAACGUGACAAUUGGCCUGGCUACUUUCCCAGCCAAUGCCUCAAGCAAUGCAAAUAGAGCUGUGAAUGUAUUAAUACAGUGUAGCACAAGAUGUACCAGAGACAAGGCUAUACAAUUUAUUUGACAGAGAUUUGGACUCAUAUUUGUAAUAGUAGCAGCCCAGACCGUGUAAAUACUUAUAUGACUGUAUUUGUUGAAUCUGGUUUUCAUAUCACCCACCUCUAACCUGGAGUGUCCUGUUGACAUUUGCAUCCGGUUUUACAGAAUGAAAAUCGAAAUGUAAAUUUCUCAAUGAGCUUCGGGAUUUCCUGUUUCCCUGCUGUACUGAGGUUUGUACAGGGUUGUGUCCCAAAUGGCACCCUAUUCCCUACAUAGGGCUCUGGUCAAAAGUAGUACACUAUAUAGGGAAUAGGGUGCCAUUUGGGGCACAACCCUGAUGUGAACAUUAUUAAUAUAGUUGUUAUAUUAUACUGUUCCACAGGAGAGGAACACCAUAUCAGCAGUCCCAGUGUACACACUUGUCAAGGAGCAGGAGAGGGAAGAUGAGAUGGCUAGACAACAAGCACAAGAGAUGAAAAUCAAAAAGGAAGCACAGGAACAAAUCAGGGAUGCACCAAGGGAUGAGGACAAUUCUCCACAAGAUGCACCUCUCUCUAUUAUCCGAUUGGACAGUGAGAGCCCCAGGCCCAACAACGGGCUAUCAUCUGAGACCAGCACUGGGGGGCUGCUCGCUUCCUUCUUCAAAAAGGGGAAGGGGGAGCAGCCCUCUGACAGUCCGACCCGGCCCUCUCCUCUCCACGUUGCCCGGCUGGUGUCCUCUGAGGACGUAGGAGAAGGGGCAGAGGGUGGCUUCACCAAGUUCACGAAGAUGGUCAACAAGACCUUUGGGCCGUUGGCGCUGGGUAGCCAGACCCCCGGGAGCAGUCAGGAGGAGAACGGGCGUGACCUCUCCCCUGACAGGAACAAUGACACAGACAGCAUCAGCGCCUACGAAGACGCCUGCGCUGACAUGCCCGAGCUGGAAGAGGGUGAUGGGCUAAAGCUGCCCCUUGAUGAAGGCUCCCCAGUAGAUGAUGAGGAGGGAGACCCGUCGAAUGGCAAUGAACCCAAGAGCCCCAAAAACCCCAAUGAUUCUUGCAUUCUG